UAUAAAAGAGAAGUCCCUUGCGUCCUCUCUUCACUCAAGAUGAAACUCCUUCUGCUGGUCACUCUCCUCGCAGCAGGCGCUACUGCACACAGCAUCAGCCGUCGGGCUCUGUGGCAGUUCCGCAAUGUGAUCAAGUGCACCAUCCCCGGGAGCAAUCCCUUGUUGGAGUACAACAACUAUGGCUGCUUCUGUGGCUUGGGUGGCUCAGGCACCCCCGUGGACGAACUGGACAGGUGCUGCCAGACUCAUGACAACUGCUACACGCAGGCGAAGAAGCUGAAGGACUGUAAAGUCCUCAUCGACAACCCCUACACCAACUCAUACUCAUUCACCUGCUCAGGGAACGUGGUCACCUGCAGCGCCAAAAACAACGCUUGUGAGGCCUUCAUCUGCAACUGUGACCGUGAGGCCGCCAUCUGCUUCUCCAAGGCUCCCUACAACAAGGAGAACAAAGGAAUUAAGUGCUAGACUUCUUACCCCAGUUACUGACUUCACCACCCCCGCCUGGCUGACUGUGUUCACUACACACUCUGCCCUCCA